AUGCCACACGCCAUCGAUGCAUUCGAGCUCCAGGAUCAGGCCGACGAUGCCGAAAUCGCCCGUCUCCUCAAUGAUGAGAAUCCGAGCAACAACAACUUGAACUUCGAUCGCGAUCUGGAAGUAGGAGAGAAGGCUGAUGACGCCAUCGACUUUGAGGACAUCAGCGACGACGACCUGCCCGAAGACGAGACCAGCGUCAAGCCAAAGACCGAAAGCUUGCCCGCCGAUGGUCUUGUCGCCCACCUUGAUGCCACAGUCGAACAAGACGACAAUCAAGACGACCUUUUCGGCUUCGAAGAUGACUUGUUUGGAGACGACAGCGAUGAUAUUCAAGACACCAAGCCCGAUCAAUCCCAACCGUUCGAUCAGACACAGAAGAAUGACUUUGCCAACCCGCUUCCGUCUGUCAGCCAUGGCAAUGAGGACUGGCUCCGGCAGAAAGCCCUUUUCGCGGCCAUGGAGCAAGAGAGAGUUGAGCGAAGCAGAAGAGGAGGAUCCUAUGAACCGCCAACUGCCCCAGAAAAUGAAAUGGAAGUCUUCUACUCUAUCUGGCCAUCAUACGAUCCAGAGGAGCGUCCUCGGUUCACCGAACUAUUCCCUCCUAGGCGAGGCAUCUACGGUUGGAAGACCCCUGUCAAGCCACCAAAGCCCGUACAACCAACCAAGCUCAAUCUUGACCUUCAACAUGAUCAAGAGAAGAGCUUCAGGCUCUUGGGUGCUGCUACCAUGGGAAAACAUGCGAGAGAAGGAGCCGGUGAACAACUGGGCGUUAUUCGUCUCGAGGAUACUUCUACCAAACAAGAGAAUACCGAAGACGUCGUUGAUCUGGAUGAGAUCGAUCCCAACGAACGAAUUGGCGGUGUCUCAUGGCAAGACUUGACAGUGCUCUGCGAGGACUGGGACAUGGCAAGCGCCGCAUCCUCACCUGGCCACUGUUCUCUUGUGGACAGCGGUGUCGAUAUGGGACGAGAAUCAACUUCACCUCCUGCAGCCAAGCGCAAGAUUCCCGGUUUUGAUCUCGAGGAGCCGACCGCAAAGAAGCUCAAGGUCGUUGGGUUCGAUCUCAAGGCUGCAGUCGCCAUAUCACACACAUAUCCUUCCCUUGACGAGCCCGAGCGUGCAACUGCAUACAUCGCCAAGCGCGUCACCCUCGACAUGAACGAUCCUGGUCUUUUGCUAGACGAGAAUGCCCCUGCGACUCAACCUAAGAGAUUGCGUCAUGUUCCUGGCGACAUGCGCCGGGAAACCAGGACCGCUAUGGCUCGUGAUAUGACCAAAAGGUACAAUAUAUCCAAUGACGAAGCAUAUGAAGCCCUCAAGGAGAAUCACCAGCACAAAGUCCGCAGUACGCUCGGAAGUAUGGCUGUUGAACACAGUCUGCCCGCAACCAAACUGCAGUUUCCCUUCUACCGCGUCAGUUUGGACGACAAACAGAAGCGCGCAUUCCAUCGUCCUCUGUUCUCAGGCGAGAGACCCAACAAGAUUAUUACGUUCAGCAAACCUAAAAAACUCAAAAGGAAGGAGAUGCGCGGCAAGGAUGUUGCAACUCUCUUCGCAAAAUCCGAAGACUUGUCUAUGGCCGACAACUCGAGUGCGCUGCUUCUUGAAUAUUCCGAAGAACACCCUGUCAUGCUCUCCAACUUUGGUAUGGGUAAUCGUCUCAUCAACUACUACAGAAGAAAAGAUGCCGAAGACUCUUCUAGACCAAAGGAAGAGAUUGGCGAAACACAAGUUCUCUUACCACAAGAUCGCAGUCCGUUCGCAAACUUUGGUCAGGUCGACCCAGGUGAAAUGGUACCUACCAUACACAACGGUCUUUACAGGGCACCUGUCUUCCGUCAUGAAGGAAAAUCGAACGACUUCCUGGUCAUCUGCAAUGAGACACACAAGAACGGAAAGAAGUAUUACAUGCGCAAUAUAGAGAAUCUGUAUGCUGUCGGUCAGCAAUUUCCCUCGGUGGAAGUCCCUGGCGAGCAUUCAAGAAAGGUUACGGAUGCGGCCAAACGUCGUCUCCGCGCAAUAUCUUACCGCGUGUUCAAGAAGAGUGUCGACCCUGCUAUUAGAGGGCAGCCUCUUACUAAUGAAGUCGUCAAGGCUCAUCUGCCUGGCAGUGAUGUCGGUCAGAAUCGUGGUAAAAUGCGUGAAUUCAUGCAAUACGACAAGAACAACCAACUCUGGCAUCUCAAGGCAGGUGACUCUGUUCCUGACUCAGAAACUCUUCGUGGUUGGAUCAAGCCAGAGGAUAUCUGCGUUCUUGACUCGAUGCAAGUCGGCGUUCAGUAUCUCAAGGAUCUCGGUCUCAAGAAAGAGGACGACGAGAACGAGGAAGAUGAUACCAAAGAAGGCACCAAUGUUGAGCUCAAGCUUGCCCCCUGGAACACAACCAAAAACUUCCUCAAUGCUUGCCAAGGCAAAGCAAUGCUCCAGUUGCAUGGUGAGGGCGACCCGUCUGGUAGAGGUGAAGCAUUCAGCUUCAUCAAGACUUCCAUGAAAGGCGGUUUCAGAGCACAAGGCGAGAGUAUUGAAGAACGCCUUGAUGCCAAACGACUCAAAGAGAACGGAGGUCACAGCUACAAUGUAGCUAAACAACAAAGAGCUUACGAUGAAUCAAUUCGUCGCAUAUGGAAAUCUCAGCACGAGAGUCUCUCGUCGCACAUGGAGAACUCGGAGGGCGAAGCUGAUGUCGACGAUGAGCCUGAGCCCGCACAGAGCUUCAGAGCCGGUACACCUCGAUCCUCUAUCGGAACAUCUGUCUAUGGAAACAACAGACGAGAUGACGAAUCCGCAAGUCAGUUCAGUCGCAAUAGUAUGAGUCAGAACAACAAGUUCAUGACGAUCAAGAGAAUUGUGCGUGACAAGUACGGCAACGCGGAAGAGCAAAUCGAGACCAUCACCAACCCAAGAGUCAUCGCGGCCUACAAGAAGCGCAAGCUGCUGGCACGAAGUCAAGCAAUCGACAUGCAGGCGGAGAUCGAGCGUCUCGAGCGCAACAUGGGCCGCAGACAAGCUCGCGAACGUGCAAAGGGCAUUGGCAGCGCCGCAUCGCCUUCCGCUGCCGCAUCUCCAGGAGGCGACGGUGUUGAUGGUGCCGACGCUGCGACUUCAGCACCUACCGGCAAAGGCAAGGGCCGAUCGAAGAAGAACACCGAAGGCACAGCUCGAAAGUGUGCCAAUUGUGGUCAAGUGGGCCAUAUCAAGACCAACAAAAAGCUUUGCCCGAUGCUCAACGGCACGAUGAAGCAGGAAGAUAUGGCUGUGACAGGUUUCGGAGGCGGUCCGGGACCAGGUGCCGCAGGCGCUGGGCCUGGCGGUGAAACCUCGUCCUUUGGUGCCAUGCCUGCCUAA